AUGCGAACAAACGAUUUAUCGAAACGGACUGUCACCAAUAAACACCAAGGCGAUGGUUUGACACGAAAACUAGAUUUUUCCAAGCCAAGUGAACAUACGCAAAAUGCAUACCACUCUGAACCAAAUGAAUUCACAGCGCAGCCACAAGUUCGACAACGAUCAAAGACUGAAAAACAGUACGAAAGGUUUCAAACUCAACUAAAACCAUUGCCUAAACCCAGAAAAUCGUUAUUGUCUCACCUAACUCCUCGGUUAGAGGAUAAUAAUCUCCAUACUCCUUCACUUCUAACAGAUAUCUCUUUAUCUCCUCAAGCAAAGCCAAAAUUUGUAGAUUGUAGGGAUUCUCCGAGACAACAAGGUUACUCUCAUUCUUGGAAAUACGUUGCCUUACCCACCAGUCCAAUAAUUCCUGAAUAUAAUAUUACUCCAAAAGAUGUCCAUGAUGUUGACUUGAUUACAAACGAAAUUAUUGGUAAAAAUUCAAUAAUUCCGGAACCUACUGGUGACUAUAAUGCAUUCAGUCCGAAUUAUGGAAAUAAUAAAAUUCGAUUUAUCGAAACUGAGCAGAAAAUUGAGGAAAAUAACCUCCAUAAUUUUCUUAAAUCAGUUGACUUUGGUUCUGAUAAGUCAAAAAUAAUAAAAGUGUUGCUUCAACAGAAGAAGGAGCUUCGGAAACAGGUUGAUGCUUUAUCCCGGAAUUACCGUAGUCUUUUAGUGAAAUAUGAGUGUUUAAAAAGUUAUUCAGAUGGCUGUAUUGGCGAAAAUUUGGAUUUGAAUAAUAAAUGUCAGUCAUUUCAAACGGAACAGGAAACUCUGGAGUCGCAGAUAAAAAUUCUAAAGGAAGUGAAUCGCAAACUUCUAAAGAAACUCGACGGUGAAGGUGAUAAGAAGGCAGCCUUAGAAAACAUAUCCCUGGAAGUUAAAAAAAUGGUCUGUGAAAAUGAGAUGCUGAAAGCCUCUAACAAACAGCUCGAAGAAGCAUUUUCUAAAACUAUCAAGGACCAAGAGUCAAUAAAACUUGAGAAUAGUCACUUGAAGUUGGAGCUGGAUAGGACACGCUUAGAAUCAACUAAUCAGCAGGUGAGAUCGGAUAGAAUUUCAGCCGAGAAUGCCUUCCUAAGGAACCAAUUAGAUCAGACUGAAAAAGAAAGAUAUAAGGCUUCAAAAAGUAUUUUGGAGUAUGAUGAGUUACGAAAUACUUAUGAAAAUCUACAGAUCGAUCAUCAGAGAUUGAUAAUGUUGUAUACCUCCGAGGCAGAAGCUAGGAAAGAACUCCAUAAUCAGUUGCAAGAAGUUAAUGGAAACUUCCGAGUGAUCUGUCGUUUCAAACCAUUAGAACAAGGCAAUAAAAAAGAGACCACAUAUCCAUUUGAAUUCUGCGCGAUGGACAAAGUAUUCGUCCGUGGGAAGUCUUUUCUCCCUACUACCAACUGUCAAGGUCAUGCCGAUUUGAAUAAACGACAUGCUUUGGCCGUCAAGGAUCAGUUCUUCGCUUUUAAUCGAGUCUUUCAGAAUGCAUCCAGCCAGGAGGAUGUAUUUGAGGAAAUUCAGCCAUUAAUUAGAUCUUUCAUUGAUGGUUAUAAUGUUUGCAUUUUCACAUAUGGGCCAGCUUUGAGCGGAAAGACGUAUACGAUGCUAGGGACGCAGGAGUGUCCUGGAAUUAUCCAGAGAGUUGUAUCGAACAUUUUUGGGCUUUGUGAUCAACUCAAAGAUAUUUGGAAAGUAGAGGUCACCAUUUCGAUGUUUGAAAUCUAUAUUGGGACUAUAUAUGAUCUUCUGGCAACGCCGACAACACAAGUCAAACUAAGUGGUAAUGGAAGCAAUGUUAAACUUACCAAUGCAAUGGAAAGAGUUACAACUUCUGAAGAAAGCACAAUUAAAUGGAUUAAGCAAGGAUAUGCUCAACGUAAGUCAAACAGUCAGUCAUCUAGAUCGCAUAUAAUCAUUCAGAUAACUUUAAAUUCGAAUAACAGGGCCGAUAAACAGAAGAAGGCCUCCUCUUUCAUUCUUUGCGAUCUAGCCAGUUCCGAUUCCAUGGAUGAAAUCGCAUUUGACGAAAAGCAGCACUUGGAAGCUAGUUUUGUCAAUAAAUCGUUAAUUUCAUUAUAUCGAGUAUUUGAUGCUCUGCGUAGAAGAUCCACUCAAACGGGAUUGGUUAUUCCUUUUCGGGAUUCAAUACUAACCCAUUUUCUCAAACCCUGUUUUGUGGGACAGGCUAAAUGCGUACUGAUCAUUACUGCCUCAUCGGAGCAAAAACAUCUUGAACGAACGCUAAAGGCACUAGAAUUUGGUCAAUGUGCCAUGCAAAUUGCUCUCGGUAGACCGCUGAAAAAUAAUCGUAUAUUAUCAUCAAAUAAAGCGACAAAUCCAAGUGGAUAA